AUUAGAAACACCUUCUCUCGUCUCGAAACCACCCGACCAUUACAGCCGCACGCCUCUGCUACGAACCACAGAACCUCCUCUGGCAACCACAGCCAUCGCCAAAGUAAGCCACCGCUGGGAACCAUCUACUGCGGCAACCACAGCUAUCGGAGUGUUGCGAUCCCCUGGUUUGUGUAUCUGAAUUAGGAAGGUGGGAUAUUUUUGGUUUCUCUUCGCAAGGAGCAGGGCAAAGGCGACGUCUUUUUGGUUCUUCAAGAGGACAGGCGCAAAUAUCAGAGCAAGAGGCGUGGCUUGAGUUAUUUGUAUCAUACUUUUUCUGUAUAAUUUAUGGCUCAGCCAAUAAAUUCAAUGUCUUCUCAAUGAAAGCGGGUUCGUUGUAUUCCUAAACUCUAUUUAUCCUUGUUUCGGAUUGCAUUCACAAUAAAAGUUAACUGCUUUCAACGGGGGUACACUGCAACUUGCCUAACUGUAUCUUCAAGUACAAAAGAAGGUGAUGGAGACAAUGUCACAUAGGAGUCACGAAGCAGCUGUAUUGUGUCCUUUCUAGGUGAUGGAGACAAUGUCACAUAGUACUCCUAUGUGAUUGAAAAAUUAGCCAACACAAUCCCAUUCUUUCCCCAGGCAACUCUCAAAAGUAAGGCGGAAGAAACUGCUAUACAAUUCAUUCUUUCUUUUUUGGGCCACCUGCUGCAAAUUUUAAAAGUAAUGAUUAUAUAUAUUAUUUAAAAGGGCGAACACAUUAAUGGCCUAUUGUAAUGCUGGAUGAAGUUCCAAGUCCUUUCGGGGCUUUGCUUGGCUCAACAAUGCCUGGUAUGUACUCCUAGGGAUCCCUUAGAUUUGAAAUAUGACGUAAAAUGGAUCUUGUCAUACAUACGUACGUACAUACAUAGUGUUUUUAAAGUCUAAUUGAUUUUAACUCAUAAUACGCUUCUCAGGCACGCAGAUCAGGGCAGGAGGUGUGCAUUUGUUUUUUGUAUCAUAAUUGUACCAUAAAAUUUGUAGUGCAGAACCAAUUGGGCUAAGUUGGCAUCUUUUUAGUUCCCCCAUACAAGGAGUAGGGUGCAGGUGACAGUUUUCUUGUUCUUCUUCACAAGGAUUGCAUUCGCAAUAGAACUGCUUUCAAUGGGGAAGAAGGUGCGACUUGCCUCUCUUCAAGUGGGAAAGAAGAAUGACCGUAAUUCGGACUUGGAAGCAGCAGUUACCAGCGUUGUUUCCAGGAGAUGGAGACACCUCUUGACAUUUGUCACCCACCAAGACUUUAAUGCUGCAGAAAUGAUAGUAAAGUUUGGAAGGAACAGGAAUCAUGCUUUUUGUGAAAUGGAAAGACAAAAAUAUGUCCAUUGCGAGAAUCAAGUUUUCAUAUUCCUUAUAGAUGCAACUGUUGAAGAAUGGAGGGUAUGGUUUGAUUUAGCCAAUCAUUACAAAGGCAAUAUUGACAAGUGGCUUAAGUUUGCAUUGCCAAGGAGAGUUCAAGGGCUUUUGUUGGACUUGUCAAUGAAUGGUCAUCACAUGCGCCUUUUUGUGAAAUCUUGUACUAUUCCGUAUGAGAUGUUGGGUUUGAUUGAAGGGACAACUUUGAACAACUUGUCUUCAAGGUCUGGAGAACUGGUACAUGUGAAAGUUGUUGAGCCUUCUCUUGCAGUGAAACACUUGGAGAUAGGCCAUUUUCACAAUAAAAGUUCAUUGCUUUCAAUGGGAAAAGAAGUGCGACUUGCCUCUCUUCAAAAGAAGGAUGACCAUUAUUUGGAGGAUCGUAUAAGUUUGUUGCCCGAUGAGCUGCUCAUUUUCAUCCUCUCUUUAUUAAGUCUUAAGGAAGCAGCGGUUACCAGUACCCUUUGCACUAGAUGGAGACACCUCUGGGCAUUUAUCGGAAGUCUCAACUUUGAUGCUGCAGAGACAUUAGCAAGUUUUAGAAGGAACUGGAUGCAUCACUUCCGUCAGAUGGAAAGAAAAAAAUAUGUCAAUUGGGUGAAUCAGGUUGUCCUAGGUCAUAAAGGUCCAACUAUUGAAGAAUUUAGGGUUCGUUUUGAUUUAGACAAAAGAUUCAAAGGUCAUAUUAACAAGUGGCUUAAGUUUGCAUUAGGAAGGAAAGUUCAAAGGCUUGUGUUGGACCUGUCUCUGGACCAUAAUCACAUUCGCUCUUAUGGGAAAUCUUAUACAAUUCCAUUUGAGAUGUUGGGUCAGUGUGAAGGGACUUCUUUGAAUAGCUCAUCUUCUGAUUUUCGCAUACCUCCCCGCUACUCAUCUUUUGGGUUUAAGUCUCUAAAAGAACUAUGCUUGAAAUGUGUCAAUGUGAGUGGAGAAAUUCUUGAGUGCUUUUUAUCCAGCUGCCCACUUCUUGAAAUAUUAUGUGUCCAUGGUUCCGGAGAACUGGUAAAUUUUAAAGUUGUUGGGCCCUCUCUUGCGUUGAAAUGCUUGGAGAUAUGUGAUUGUGACAAUAUAGAGUCCAUUGAGGUCAACAAUGUAAAUCUUGUGGCUUUAAGGUACGAUGGUCCUACUAAAAGUUUCUCUCUCCAAAAUGUUCCAUUGCUUGUUGAGUUAUCUAUCUGGGGUUCUAUUUCUUGGUUCAUGAAUGAUUUUCUUCCUCAGCAUUCAUGUUGCCUUUCUCAGUUGGAGAUUAUUACAUUGGAUAUCAGCUUUUUAGAGGAGGAAAAUUCAUUGACUAGUUUGACUCCCGAAUUAACUAAUGUCAAAAAGUUGGUAUUAGUUUCGUCAGCCGUGAGUGAUGAUGGCCUCCUUGGAUGCACCUCACUGUUAAAGGCGUUUCCAGCCUUACAGAAGUUGGUGUGGCAGAUGAGAUGGAUCAAUCCCGAUAUUGCCGAGAGAGAAAUCAUGAAGGCUGUGAAAUGUCCUUGUCCACACCUUGAGGAGGUGGAAUUGGCUGGUUAUUAUGGUCGCAUAACUGAUCUGGAACUCGUCAGGUAUUUUGUAGAGAAUGCUGUGUCCCUCAAGAAAAUCGUUAUACAUCCUCACGAUCGAUAUUCACCUGAGAUCCCAAAGGAGAUUGAUGACACUGGGAAAGAAAAUGCUGCACGAGUCCGUGCCAAGCAGCAGCUGGAAGGUGAAGUACCUGCAGGUAUUGAACUAGCGAUACUUUGAUUUAUAACCAGCAGGUAUUUAGGAAACAAUGCGCGAAGUUGAACGAGUUAUUUUUGUUUUAAUGUUUACUUACAAACGUUAUCCAUGUGUGGUGUUAACCUCAGGUUUUCCAAAAUUUUCCAAGUAUUCAUUUCCUUUACUAAGCCUGUUGGUUGGCUACAACUGUUUUGUUGAGUUAUGAGGGGCUUAUUUAGGAGCAUCUUUUUAUGUUUUUGUUG